AUGAGAACGCAGCAGCGGUGUGGGAUCUCGCCUAAAAUUGGCACGGUGUUGUCCGGCGUGUUCACCAUCAUUGCCACCGACCUGUCCAUGAUCUUUGAAGAAAAGUACAUGAAGCGCAGCAAUUGCUCUGCCGUCCAGGUGCAGAAUGCUGCUAUCAAAAAACAUCUCAUGCAAUCCAUCAUGUGCUGGAGUUUCCAAAUUGCUAUCUUCAUGUCUCUCGUCACCUUUAUGGUCAGCUUCCUCCUCCUGUUCUCCGUGUACACCCAGAAGUUCGGGGGCAUGGUGGUCUACUGCAUCUGGAUUAUCGUCUACGAAGUUGUCAACAUUAUGAUCCAAGUGGCCACCAGCGGAAACCCAGAGAAAGGGGUGGUCAAGCUGAUGCGCUUGUUCGGCUUGGUGUCCCGGAUCCUGAUGCACGCUCUCUGGUUGCUGUUCUUCGUCUUCAGCUAUAUGCAAAUUACCUACAAAAGGAGUCGGGAGGGCAACGUGCUGACCUCCAACCGACGGCACUCCGCGGAGAGCAAAGAUUUCAGGCGGCGAAAAUCCAAAUUGAUGAGCUUUUCCCGCUACCGUAAGUGA